CGCGCCCGCGCACGGACACGCCGCGCGAGUCGCCGCGAACGACGCGACCAUGGCGGCCAUGCAGUACAACUUCAAGAAGAUAACACACGUCCCGACCGCGAAAGACUUCAUCGACGUCGUUUUAUCGCGCACGCAGAGGCAAACCCCCACGGUCGUCCACCGCGGGUACGCGAUAACGCGGAUCCGCGCCUUCUACAUGCGAAAAGUGAAAUUCACGCAGACGUCGUGGAACGAAAAGCUGACGCGCAUCUUGGAAGACUUCCCGCGCGUGGACGACAUCCACCCCUUCUACAGCGACCUCCUCAACGUCCUGUACGACAAGGACCACUACAAGCUCGCGCUCGGGCAGUUGAACACGGCGAAGAACAUCAUCGACAAGAUCGCGAAAGACUACGUCAAACUCCUCAAGUACGGCGACUCUCUGUACCGGUGUAAGCAGCUCAAACGCGCCGCGCUCGGGCGCAUGUGCACGAUCAUGAAGAAGCACGCGGCGUCGUUGGCGUACUUGGAGCAGGUGAGGCAGCACAUGUCGCGCCUGCCGUCGAUAGACCCGAACACGCGGACGAUCUUGGUGUGCGGCUAUCCGAACGUCGGGAAGAGCUCGUUCAUGAACAAAGUCACGCGCGCGGACGUGGAAGUGCAGCCGUACGCGUUCACGACCAAGUCCAUCUACGUCGGGCACACGGACUACAAGUACUUGCGGUGGCAGGUGCUGGACACGCCGGGUAUUCUCGACCGACCGCUGGAGGAGCGGAACACGAUCGAGAUGCAGUCGAUCACCGCGAUGGCGCACUUACGCGCGGUGGUGUUAUACAUCGUCGACGCGAGCGAGCAGUGCGGGUUCACGAUCAAGCAGCAGGCGGACCUGUUCCACUCGAUCAAGCCGCUCUUCUCGAACAAGCCGCUGGUGAUCGCGAUCAACAAGGUGGAUCAACGUCGGUUGGAGGAUUUGAAACCGGAAGACGCGGCGCUCGUCGAAGGCAUGCGCGCGGCGACGCGAGGCCCCGCGGCGUUGCAGCUCGGCGACGACGAAGAGCUCCCGUGCAUGUCCACGCUGAGCGAAGAGGGCGUCAUGGACGUGAAGCGCGUGUGCUGCGAUAAGCUCCUCGCCGCGCGAGUGGAGCAGAAGCUCGCGUCGCGCAGAGCCGGGGAGGUUCUCAACCGUCUGCACGUCGCGAUGCCGAAGCCGCGCGACUCGAGGUCGCGCCCGGCGGUGAUACCGCACAGCGUCGCGAUCAACCGCGCGAAGAAGGCGUCGGGCGAGUUGCCGCCGAUGAUCACCGAGAAGAUGCUCCAGGAGGAGAACGGCGGCGCUGGGGUGUACAGCGCGGAUCUUCGUAAAAACUACCUUCUGGACGACGACGACUGGAAAUACGACAUCGUUCCGGAGAUUUACAACGGGAAGAACGUCAGCGACUUCAUCGACCCGGAGAUCGAAGAGAAGCUCGCGGAGCUCGAGCGCGAGGAGGAAGAGCUCGAGGCGGCGUGGGAGCGGGAGAAGGCGGAGGAGGAGAUGGAGGCGGAGAGCGACAUGGACGAGGACGACAAGGAGCUCCUGAAGCGACUUAGAAGCAAGAAGGCGACGAUGAUCGCGGAGCACCGAAGGAAAAAGUCCGCGGGCAACAACGCGGCCAACAUGCCGAGGACCGCGGACCCGGAAAGGCGCGCGACGACGACGCGGAUGAAGCAAUCGCUCGGCGAGAUGGGCAUCGACGCCAGCCUCGCGGUGAAACGCGCGCGAGAGCGGAGCGCGUCCCGCGUCGGAAGAAAGCGCGAGCGGUCGACGGCGGCGAUGGACGACGCGGAGGACAUGGACGCGGAAGAUGGGGAAGGCGAGAAGAAGCGCGCGCACAGCAGCAAGUCGCGCAGCGUCUCCGUCGCGCGGCGGACGGCGCGCGCGGACAAGUCGCCGGGGAGCGGGUUGCGGAACGACGACGAGAGGAUGCGCGCGCAAAAGCUGGCAGACAAGGCGCAGAGGAAGGCGAACAAGCGCGCGAAGAUUGGCGAGGCGGACCGCCAGAUCAUCACGAAGAUGCCGAAGCAUCUGUUCAGCGGGAAGAGAGGGAUCGGGAAGACGGACCGCCGGUAGACGAGGCGGCGAACGACCCGACCGCGACGACGAGGUUACGCGUAAGGUUAGUUUUGUUUGUAAGAGGAGAACGAGAAGAGCAGAGCUCUCUUCAUC